UCAUUUAAUUUGUAGAUACCUAGGUAACGAGAAUAUAUAACUAUGUCGAGAAAAUGUCGGUGUCAGAGUUGAGACAAAUGAUUCUGAACUUCAGAGUGUCUGAGCUUCAGGUUUUGCUGGGGUUCGCAGGAAGAAAUAAGUCUGGGAAGAAGCAAGAACUACAGUAUAGGGCCUUGGAACUCCUAAAACUCAGGAAUACUUCAAUAAAUAUGAAAAUUCAAGAGUUGCAUAAACAGAGAUUCCCAAGAAAUACACCAAUAAUAAAUUCCAAUGAUCCAGGUCAUCUUUAUGGUGUUCCACAACCCCCACUCCCUCACAUCAAAGGACCCGGGGAGUCAGUACCAGGAACUCAUAUGAUACCUGGGAACAGCCUACAUGCUGCCUCAAGCAUUGAUUAUUCUUCCCCCAAGCAUGCUAUGCCCAGUAUUCAAGGUGCAUAUAAUAUGGCCAAGUACCCAGUUCAUCCAGAUGUUUACCUGAAACCUUUACCAUUUUAUGAUGUUCUUGCUGAAUUACUGAAACCAAGCAGUUUAAUGCCUUCAAAACCAGGCAGAUUUCAGGAAGACAGCUUUACUUUCCACUUAACGCCACAACAAGCUCAUGAUAUAGCGAUGUCGAGAGGAAGUAAAGAUUAUGGUGUUCAAGUACAGUUACGGUUUUGUCUCCUCGAGACAAGCUGCGAACAGGAGGAUAACUUCCCCCCCAGUAUCUGUGUUAGGGUCAACACUAAAAUGUGCCCCCUUCCAAAUCCUAUUCCUACCAAUAAACCUGGAGUUGAACCAAAAAGACCAAGUCGACCAGUAAAUAUCACAGCAUUGUGCAGACUGUGCCCCACUGUAGCCAAUCAUAUCAGUGUAUCUUGGGCAUCAGAAUACGGUCGGGGUUAUUCUGUAGCUGUAUAUCUUGUGAGAAGAUUGAGUUCCUCAACGUUAUUAUCACGUCUUAAGAGCAUGGGAAUAAAGAAUCCUGACCAUACAAGAGCAAUGAUUAAAGAAAAGUUGCAACACGAUCCUGAUUCGGAAAUUGCUACUACAAGUUUAAGAGGAUCUCUUAUGUGUCCAUUGGGGAAGAUGAGAAUGCAGAUCCCUUGUCGAUCCAUCACGUGUUCCCACUUACAAUGUUUUGAUGCAUCGUUGUACCUUCAGAUGAAUGAAAAGAAACCCACAUGGAUAUGUCCAGUUUGUGAUAAACCAGCUUUUUUCAAAUGUCUCAUGAUUGAUGGACUCUUUACAGAGAUUCUUACUCAAGCCCCCACAGAAUGCUGUGAAGUUCAGUUUCAUGAAAAUGGAUCUUGGACACCUGUGUUACCAAAGAAAGAAAGUUUGGUGAUUGGAAAUCCCGUGGUGAAGAAAACCACACCUCGUCCCUCAACAUCCUCACCUGAGAAGAAGAAGCCUAAUGUGGAAGUUAUAGAUUUGACUAUUGAAAGUAGUAGUGAUGAAGAAGACGACCUUUCUCCUCCAUCCUCUCAGUUUACGAGUCCACAGAGUUCGACGGGAGCAGCUGGGCCUGUUGUUUCACUUCCAUCUCCUACAUCUCCAUCAUCAUCCAACUCCUCUUUUCUAAGCAUCAUCAGUUCUUCUCUGCUGCCGACAACAUCAUCCAUUCCCACAUCCUCAGUAAUACAGCAGUAUAAUAACUCUCUUCUCUCUGUAGCUUCACCUCGAGAUUCUUCCUGUUCAUCAACGUCAUCUUCAUCAUCUGGUGGAUCAUCUACUGGAAUCAGUACGACAGGAACAAGUUCAGUACCGCCUGUACCGUCAUCUCUGUACACCAACUUACCACUAGUGGAAUCGGCUACUACUCCUCCAUAUUAUCCACCAGCAUCUGACAUGUUAGCUUUGCCUUCAAAUCAUGUCAACCCUUAUCCAAACUUACCUGAUCUAUAUACGAUUCUGGGUGGCUCUGAAAGUGAUCAACAGUUUGAUUCCCUGUUUCAACAGGUCCCCUGUUCUUCUUCUACUGUCGGAAGUAGGCCCAAUAUUACCCCUCCAGAUAUCAUUUCCCUAGACUGACAGUUUCUGGACAAAGGUUUUCACUGAUAUAUCCCGGAGAGUGAAAUACUUGUACAGAAAAUAGCUUUUCUUUUGCUGCUCAGUAUUCUUGUUAUUAAUCAGUUACGGAAAAAAAAAGAAGCAUCAGUAAAUAUAGUGGACAAAUCACACGAACCAUACUGAAGUUAUUUAGAAAACUCAUAUCAUCAUAUGAAUCACAAUUUAACCACGUACCAUAUAAAGUGUUUAGUAAACUGAUAUUUGUGUA